AAUCGAUCGCCGAGGUCUCCAUCCGCUCCGCCAUCGCCGCUCCUCGGAAGCUCCAGGCAAGGAUCCGGAAAUGGAUCGAGCGCAGAUCCUGCUGCUAGGGCUACCGCUCUUCCUCCUGUGCUCCGACCUCGUCAACCUGUUCGUGCCUCCGCCUGCGAAGCCGCCGCCGCCUCUCCCCCACCGCCACCAUCACCUCCAGCACCAGCCCCCCAAUCCUCCCGAAGCCCUAGAGUUCCCUCCUCAGAAGCCGAGCGCCGUCGGCGGGAUCGGUCUGGGGAGCACGGUCUUCAUCAAUUUCUGUUCGUCUUGCUCGUAUAGGGGUACUGCAGUAACAAUGAAGAAGAUGCUGGAGACGCAGUUUCCUGGCCUUGAUGUUGUUCUUGCAAACUACCCUCCGCCACUGCCAAAGCGCGUUUUGGCUAAAUUGGUGCCGGUUGCUCAAAUAGGAGUAUUUGCUGUCAUCAUGGCUGGAGAGCAUAUUUUUCCGAUGAUUGGGAUUGCAGCGCCUCCACCUUGGUAUUAUUCUCUUCGUGCAAACAGGUUUGGGACUAUUGCUUCAACUUGGCUUCUCGGCAACAUGUUCCAGUCCUUCCUGCAAAGCUCUGGUGCUUUUGAAGUUUACUGCAAUGAUGAGCUGCUCUUCUCAAAAUUGAAGGAGGCAAGGUUUCCUGGUGAGAUUGAAUUGAAAGACCUGGUUGGCAGAAGAUUGGCAAAUUCUAGAGUCACAGAUGGCCUUGGGGUUAUGUGGUCCUAGUUCUUUAAGAUGAUAUGCUUUUCUGGUCAAAUCUUAAAGAACCAGUUAUUGCUCCCAAUUAUCAGCAGGUUUCAUUUUGUGUACAACUAUACGCAUUUUUAGUGACUGAAGCUAUCCUCAUCUGAAAGUUACUUGUAACCUGUUCGAUGUUUCUAAUCCUAGAACCCUUCACUUAGUGUCAUAUAUAUCACAGUGGAUUGUGACUUCCUUUUUCUGGGACUAA